AUGAAGUACAUUGCUAUCCUCUGGACGCUGACCUCGCUGGCCACUGCGGACCAGGUUUUCCGCCGCACCUGCGUGGACCCUGGCGGACCAUGCUGGAGAGAUAGUCACUGCUGCGAUUCUGACAAGGGGUAUGGCUGCAUGAACCGCCGAUGCACGUUACGGCCCGGGGGUGUAUGCAUACCGGCGGGGCAGAGGUGCAAUCCCGCGGACCAAACUCCCUGCUGCGAUUCCGACCACUUCAACUGCAGUGUGUUGACCCGGAGAUGCGCAGCGAUACCCCAUGAUCAUUAUUAUCAGACGCAUAAGAAGGCGCAAGGGCUGCAGCCUCCUACCAAACACCAGCAACGUGACCUGGCCUCGCUCCCAGGAGUUGAUAUCGCGGCGCGCUCGGAGAAGGAAGACCAACAAGGUGCAGGCCCUAAGCCGCGCUCAGAGAAGGAAGAUUCUGAGCCGCGCCCGGAUAAACAAGAUGAAGGCGCGGGCCCUGAGCAGCUGUUCCCCCGCUACUGUGUGCCGUAUGGCAAUUCGUGUCGUGCAGACGCGGACUGCUGCAAUUUCCAUGGCGGUGUCGGCUGCCAUAACCUCCAAUGCCUAUGGCAGCAUGGGAUUCAAUGCAUACCGCUGGGGAAAAGCUGCCAUCCCCUGCAGAAGAAUACCUGCUGCCAGCCCAACUAUCACUACUGCGACGCAAAGACCUACACCUGCGUGUUCCGCGAGUAUGAGCAGUAUCACGACUUUUACCAGAUGAUGCAACCGAGUUCUACGCGGCGUCCCCCUAUCAAAAAAAAACAGAACAGAGAGCCACGCGACCUGGCCUCGCUCCCAGCAGAAGCUGAUAUCGCGGCGCGCUCAGAGAAGGAAGACCAAGUUGCAGGGUCCAAGCCGCGCUCGGAUAAAGAAGACGGAGGUGCAGGCCCCGAGCAGCUUUCCCGCCGCAGCGACGACUGCGUGGCGGUUGGCGAUGCAUGUCGGCUGGACGAGCACUGCUGCGAUUCUGACAAGGGUGUUGGCUGCAUAAACCGCCGAUGCACGCAGAGGUCCGGGGGUUGCCGCUUUCACCCGCAAAUGCGGAGCGACAUCGUGGAACAGUUAUCAUCAGGAUCAGUCGCGGCCGAAGCCGAAGCCGGGUUCGGGGUCGGGGCAUUCUAA